ACCAGGGUUGGAGACCACUGUCCUAAGACCUCAAAACAAGUUUCCAGAACAUCUUUUUGCAACUGACUACAUUAACGACGGCAGUUACGACGGGUGUGCGAGAUAGUGUGGAGUUAGAUGUUUAGUUUGAGGCUCUGGAAAAGGCAAGGUGGCUCGAUGGCUUCAGAAGAUGUUGCGCAGUUGGCCAAUUCAUUGGCUAAGACUCAGGUGGGGGAGGUAGAGCUGAGCUACAAGGGCAGGGGACUCAAGCUGGACAAUGCACAGUCUGUGGAGGAGCUGGUGCAGGAGAUUGAGGCGUUCCAGGGGCUGCAGGCCCUGAGGCUGGAAGGGAACACUGUCGGGGUGGAGGCGGCAAAGGCCAUCGCUAAAGCCCUGGAGAACAAGGGAGACUUUCAGUGCUGCUACUGGAGUGACAUGUUCACGGGCCGCCUGCGCUCCGAAAUCCCUCCUUCUUUGAUCUCCCUGGGCAGUGCGCUGAUCACAGCCGGAGCCCGACUCAGGGUGCUGGACCUGAGUGACAACGCCUUCGGGCCCGAUGGGGUGAAGGGCAUCGAGGCUCUUCUCAAGAGCACCACCUGCCACACACUGCAGGAGCUGCGCCUCAACAACUGCGGCAUGGGCAUUGGCGGGGGCAAGAUCCUAGCUGCAGCCUUGACGGAGUGCCAUAAGCAGUCGAGUGCACAGGGAGCCCCUCUCCAGCUGAAGGUCUUCAUCGCCGGCAGGAACAGGCUGGAGAACGAGGGCGCUACAGCGCUCGCCCACGCCUUCCAGCUGAUGGGCAGUCUGGAGGAGAUCCACAUGCCCCAGAACGGCAUUAACCACCCCGGGGUGACGGCGCUGGCCACCGCUGUGCAGCACAACCUACAGCUCCGGGUCAUCAACCUCAACGACAACACCUUCACCAAGAAAGGAGCUAUCGCCAUGGCGCAGUCUCUGAGACACCUGCGUAACGUCCAGGUGAUCAACUUUGGGGACUGUCUGGUGCGCUCUGAGGGGGCCGCAGCCAUCGCUGAGGCUGUGAAGGUGGGGCUCCCCAUCCUAAAGGAGCUGAACCUGUCGUUCGGGGAGAUCACAGAGGAGGCGGCGCUGGUGGUGGCGCACGCCGUGCAGGACAAAGCCCAUCUGGAGAAACUGGACCUCAACGGUAACUGUCUCGGAGAGGACGGAUGUGAAGCUCUGAAGGAGACCAUGGACAGCAUGAAUAUGGGGGAUCUGCUGGGAUCACUAAGUGAUGAUGAAGGAGAGCCAGAUGACGAUGAAGAUGAUGAUGAAGAAGACGAAGAGGAAGAUGAUGAUGAAGAGGAGGAGGAUGAAGAUGAAGAUGAUGAUGAAGAGAAUGGAGUGAAAGAGGACAGUGAUGGAGAGGAGGGCCCAGCGCAGCCCCUGAGCAUGGUGUCCACCCCAACCCCAUCAAUCAAACCUCAAGACUCCUCCCCUGCCAACGAUGUCUCUUCCUUCCUCUGCUUCCCCUCCCCAGACAAGCUGCUCAACCUGGGGGCCAAGAGAACGCUGCUCAUCGAACAGCAGGUGGACUUGGCAGACGCAGGUAAGACUGCGGAGGCCUUCCUGAAGAUCUCCUCUGUGUACAAGGAGGAGGCCGAGGUGAGGAGAGCCGUGCUGGAGAGCAUAGAUGCUGUGCUGGGGAAGGCCUUCUCCAAUCCCUCCUUCCAGACCUACAGCUUCAUCUCUGCACUGCUGGUGCUGCUGGGACUGAUCAAGAGUGAGGAGAAGGUGAAGCCAGUUCGGGUGGUGCCCGGGCACCUGCUGGCCCUGGACCACGCCGUGCGACAGGACUACUUCCCUCGAGAGCACAUCGCCGUGCUCAACGCCUUCGUUUCGCGGUCCAGUAGGGCCCUGGAAUCCUGCACCAGCGCCAAGAACAGCCUGAAGUCCACACUGGACCGGCUUGGGAACGCGUGCUAAUCUUCAGCUGCCCUUCAGCCUGGGAUGCGCUCCUAAGGACACUGUGCAGAGCUGUCCCGCGCACACGCACACACACACGCACACACCGGGUCACACUCCUAUGGACGCUGUACAGAACAGACCUGCACUCAGACACGCAUACAAUCACACAUACACACACACACACACACACACAAACACACCGGGACCCACUCCUAUGUACUCCGUACAGAACAGACCUGCACACACACGCACACACACACAUCAGGACGCUCUACUAUGGACGCUGUACAGAACAGACUCAUGCUCACCCACACACACAUCAGGACGCUGUCCUAUGGACGCUGUACAGAACAGACUCAUGCUCACACACACACACAUCAGGACGCUCUACUAUGGACGCUGUACAGAACAGACUCAUGCUCACCCACACACACAUCAGGACGCUGUCCUAUGGACGCUGUACAGAACAGACUCAUGCUCACCCACACACACAUCAGGACGCUGUCCUAUGGACGCUGUACAGAACAGACUCAUGCUCACCCACACACACAUCAGGACGCUGUCCUAUGGACGCUGUACAGAACAGACUCAUGCUCACCCACACACAUCAGGACGCUGUCCUAUGGACGCUGUACAGAACAGACUCAUGCUCACACACACUCGCACCAUGUGCUGUGUCAGCUUCUCGGUACUGCUGUUACACCACGUUUGACAGUCGUACCGCUAUACACGCACAGCCCAUGUCGCUGCUGGGGACAGACGGACACUGCUGCGGACAGACGGGCACUGCUGGGGACAGACGGACACUGCUGAACACUGUGCAUAACAUUACACGCCCACCAGGUCAAAGAUCAAAAGAACCCGUGAAACUGUGACUGCAGAGCGCCCCCUGUGGCUGCAUUAUGAAAGCGCAGCUUGCAUGUCACCCUGCUGGGUUCUUCCAUUUUUUUCAGCUCCACCUUUUUCUUUUUUGUAGGUAAAGGAAAAAAAUACAAAUAAAAAGUAAACAAGAUGUUUAAAAAAAUGUAAAAGAUUUAAUAAUGAUUGCUAAUUUGAUAUUUCUGGAAAUGAUUAUUUGAUGCACUAACCAUGAGGAAAGAAAUUAGCAGUUUAUUUUUUUAAUGUAUUUAUUUCUGAUAGUUGUGAAAUUGUGAAAUCUAUCUGGGAUGAGACCCUGCCUGCCUUGAAUUACAGAAAGUAACAUUCAAAUUGUCUCUGUGAACAUCUAGAAAUCCCCAAUGCCCCCCCCCCCCCCCCCGCCCCAACACACACACACACAGACACACACACACACACCCUUCGUGAUGUUGGUUUAUCCCAAAGUGCUGGAAUAUCAAACUGCAUUUCUUUCCGAAAGAUUGACUCAAUCCAACUGUUAUUCAAGCAUCCUGUGAUAUAUAAUGCUAAAGGGUAUUCCUUGUGUGAAGAAACAGAGAUAGCCCUAAGAUCUUAUGAUUUUUGUGAAGUUGGAGUCAUGAAAUUGUCUGUUUAAGCAUAUAAUUCAACCCAAAAUUUAUUGACCAACUUUCUGUGAGUGGCAUUGUGGAAGACUCAGGAGGCAUGAAUGAAAAAGUAUGCACUUCUCUGCAGUAAGGGGAGGAAGUGUGCACUGCUGCAGGGAGGGAAGGAAGUAUGCACUGCUGCAGUAAGGGGAGGAAGUGUGCACUGCUGCAGGGUGGGAGGAAGUGUGCACUGCUGCUGGGAUGGAGGAAGUGUGCACUGCUGCAGUGAGGGGCGGAAGUGUGCACUGCUGCAGGGAGGGAGGAAGUGUGCACUGCUGCAGCGAGGUGGAAGUGUGCACUGCUGCAGGUAGGGAGGAAGUGCACUGCUGCAGGGAGGGGAGGAAGUGUACACUGCUGCAGGGAGGGAGGAUGUGUGCACUGCUGCAGGGAGGGGGGUGAAGUGUGCACUGACUGCAGGGAGGGAGGAAAUGUGCACUGCUGCAGUGAGGAGGAAGUGUGCACUCUAGGUUGGCAUUUAUAUGCUUAAAUUUGCUUUGUUGUGGCACAUGUUCCCAAUUUCUGCUGCGUGGGUUCAUCUUCAACUGAAUUUGAGAUUUAAAACAAAUCGCUAAUGUUCAGCAAGCUGGGAAUACAGCACUGCUUGGUCCCAUUGCCUUGUGCAUUAUGAUAGGCUGAGGUGUUCUCACAAGGCAACAGAACUGAGGACAGUGGCAGUUCCUAAAUGAAGUGUGAGACUUAAGAGAAUGCAGACCCAGCAUUACCUAAAAUGGGUCCUCAACAAAAUUUGGGUGAUGGUGCUGUGCUUCUUUGCUUUAUGAAGUCUAGCUAACUUCUUAACACUUAGAUGUGGACUUAGGAGAACGGUCAAGUCAGUGACAUCAGUCCAAGAUGGAGCGUGUUUUUGGAGAAGGGACAGUCUGGAAAUGAACAGUAGCAGAAGAUUGAGUGUGACAAUGGGGGAUAAAAUGCUUCAGAGCAAACCUUGUAAAUAAUAAAGCAACAUUACUGUGUUGAGCCAUUGAAGUACGUAAGCUUGAGGGUCUGGUUUCUUUGUGUUUUUAUAUUUUUAUGUUAACUGCUGAAUGGUAUUUAGUCAUAGGGCUAUGGAGUGUUUUGUAAAGGGCAGACCAUGCACAUUAUUUGGCCUUUUGUAAAAUGUCGAGUUAUUUUCUUAAUUUACUGAUAUUUCUGCAUAAGGAUAGUAAGCCAACUGCACAGACAGUUUUAGAAACCUUAAAUUCUUUGCAUCAUGAAAUAGUUGUGUAGUACAAGCAUAUCAGACUGACUUGCAGAAACAGGAUGACUCGCAAUGAAUAUUGAAACCUUGACUUUUUACACAAAACAAAAAAAUGGUAUGUAUGAUAUAAUGCAACAAAUUUAUAUGAAAUACAAUCAAAUUGUAUUGAAUAAAAUUUGCAUGGAUUUCUAUCAAUGAAA